AUGAGAUAUUCAGAUAAUCAGAUCCUUAUAAUCCGGAGAAAGGGUGAAAAGCGACCUGCACGUGCGCUUCCGGUGCCGACGUCCACGCCGAGGAAAACGGAGCCACCGGAAGAGAGCGAGAGCCUGAAAACUGCUUUGGAAGCCCGUUUUGGGGCUAUAGCGGACCAAUCGCAUGCCCCGAAGGCUGUUGGGCCUGCUAUGUGCCCUAUUACUUGCAUCAAUUAUUUUCACUCACCCACAGCAGCCGCCGCUACAGCAGCCGCCCCCGUGACUAUGGCCGUGGCCACCGCCACAAGCUGCCGACCCAAGAUUUGCUUCCGACCACAUAGACACCGUGCCAGUGAAACUUGUCCGUUGGCCUUUCUCGACAUCGGAUUUCGGUGCGUUUUUGUUGCGGUGACAAACUUUAAUAACAAAAACUAA